AUGUGUUACAUAAAAUGUCAUUACAGGGGGUUGCAAGAAUUUGACUUUUUUCUAGCAACAGUGCCCGCUAACAUUGAUAUGAUAGAAGAUUCUACUGUGUCAAUUUCAUCGACAUCAUUGGACCAUUUUCCUCUUUUAGAUAUGAGUCUAAUGAACAAUACGAAGGUUGAUCUGGUAUCACAUUUGAACGCAGACUCGUUUAGUGCACUGGAUAUGGAUAAAAGUGCUGGUGUCUCCACAACAUCAAAUAAAUUCAUGCCUCCAAUGUAUAAUUUAUUAAACAAUAAAUUUAAAAGAUCUUCAAAUAUUGAAUCUGAGGAAACAAUGGCAAAAUCUUCAGCUCAAUUUAUACCUGACGAAAUAUUAAAUUUGAAAAUGCUAGAAAUAAGAAAUCGAGGCAUUCUGCCAAAUGCUCAAAGCAUACCACAAGAUACACAAUACAGCAAUAAAGAAGUGGAAAACAAUUUUGAGACCGAUUUAAUAAAGAAGUUGAGUCCAGCAAUUUACAAUCCUUCAGAAACUAAUGAGCAGAAUGUUGCGGAAAAUAAUUUCUUAAAGGAAAUGGUACAUGUCCAGGAAUUUACAGAAGAAUCAAAGCACAAUGAUGUGCACGAUCUGCAGCGCAGACAAACACUAGAUCAUUUAAAAAUGGAGCAGAAGCUAAAACAGAGUUUAAACAAUAUAUUAGAAGUCAUUGCAUAA